CGUCACCGUCUCCUCAGUAAACUCCUUGCCGUCUUUUGGUCGACACUAGUCCACCCUGUGACUCCCCACAAAAGUAAAAUUACCCCUUCCCCUGUAAAAAAUAAAAAAAACUCCCAAAAAAAAAUAGUAAGUUUUUCCGAUUUUAAACUUUUGAAUUGCGCGCCAAAAUUUUCCGAGCGUCGCUCCCGUUUUUCUGCAGUGCAACUGGUAAAUAUUAACACACUUGACUCAAUCCACACUCUUAUACAUUUUUUCCACACACACAUAUACAUAAAAGUGUAUAAUAUAUGACGAUUAAAUAAAAGACGAAAAAGUCCGAUGUAGCAAUGGCGCUCGUGUCCGGCAACGAUCACUAUUUAUUUUACAAAUAAAAUAUUAUAUUAAAUUUUUGAGGGCUCCAGCCCUCAGUCAAGUGCUUCAUAUAUUUUAGAUAUAUAUAAAUAUACAAAGUGAAAUAUAUCAACGCUGAUAAAUAAACUUGGAUCUAAUUGUUGUUGGAUUACCAGCAGGAACAUCAGCAGCAAUUGAAAAGGAACAAAAAAUAUUUAAAGAGGAAAAUGCUUGUGAAAAAAAUGACCGUUCGUUUUUUUGAGUGACAUGGUGCCAGUGCUGGAUUAUAGAAUACAACUGGUGGUAUUUAUUCUAUUGAUUAUUUAAAAUUGUUUAUUGUUGGUUAUUUAUGGGAAUACUUAGUUGGUUUUUUAUUGAAUUGUUUAUUGACAGAUAAGUGGGGUUAGAUCUGUACUGGUGGAUCCUGCUCUGUCGAUGACAGAUGGAACGGUGCUUCGAAAGAGUGCGAGUAAUUGUUUAUUUGGUUGUUGGUUGGUGAGUGCUCCCUGGGUUCACGAGGUUGUGGGCUGAUGCUGCAACUUGCGGUAUGCUGCGAUUUCUCACACGACUUUCAGGUCGGCGACGACACGUGUGUCGGAGUUGCGGUGCACUUGCUCCAAACUCUUCAUCAUCAUCAUCAUCAGCAGCAGCAGCAGCUUCCAGUCUCUCGAGCCCAUUACCAAGCCCGGAAACUCUCAAGCUGGAUUGCAGAUUGAACCACUUGCAGGAUAAAGAAGACAACUAUGACGUGAGAUUAGGGUGCUGCUACUCCCGGUUAAGGAGCCACCAGCUCUACGAUCACCACAGUCAUCACCACCAUCGUCAUCACCAGGGAGGUUAUCUCAAUCUAGAUGCUGACAAUCAGAGCAGACAAGAGUCGUCUUCCUCGAGGCAUACUGCCUCCUCGGACAACCGGUUACUUCAGGACUCCUCUGAUGACUCUCUCACCAGGAUAACGGGGCUAAGGACGACUUCCACCACUAUUCCGACGAUAUCUUCUUCGACACGGGACUUUACUAUUAAUAAUAAUAAUAAUAAUAAUAAUAAUAAUAAUAAUAAUAAUAAUAAUAAUAUAGAAUGUGGUAAUGUUGAAAUAAAUAAUAGUAAACAAAUUUUACAAACGAGACAAAGAACAAGAAGAGAAACAUGUCGAGACACGAAUAGAACUGUUGAUACUAUACAUAGAAGAAAUGGAAUUCCUUCGUAUUUAGCGACGAUAUUAUUGUUGUCAUAUGCUUUGUUUGGAAUAGCAGAUGCAUGUUCUUCAAAAUCGACACCGAAACCGCGGCCUCCAACGACGACAGCUCGCCCCAGCAUCACAUUCCGUCAAAAUCCAUGCCCGCCUGAUUACGCGGAGUGGUAUUGUCUGAACCAAGCGACUUGUUUUACUGUCAAAAUACAAGACUCUUUACUCUAUAAUUGCCUAUGCGCUGACGGGUUCGUAGGCCAAAGGUGUGAAUUUAAAGACUUAGAAGGUUCAUAUACACCGUCAAGGCAAAGGAUGAUGUUAGAAACAGCGAGCAUAGCUGGCGGUGCGACGAUAGCAGUAUUUCUUGUCGUUAUUAUUUGCAUAGCUGCUUAUAUUCAUUGUAAACGCAAACAAAAAGAAUUACGUGCUAGAUCCGGAACAGACACAGUCGACGGAGUGAGCCGUGAUCCAGAAUUAAGGCCAUUUAGUCGUAAUCGAUCAAUAGCAAAAAUAAUGGCCAAGAAUCAACACUUCUCUCCGAUAAUGUUUCCGUCGAUAGAGCAGACACGAAUGCCGAGCUGGAACGUCGAACUGACGAGACUGGCCUCCGUCAACGAAGGGAAGCGCUCCAGUCAGUGAUCGAUUAAUCGAUUAAUCGAGGAUUAAUCAACAAUUAACGCGACAAUUAACCAUCGAAACAUCACAAAAAAAACUGCCAACAUCACAUUUGAUUUUACCGACGGAUGAUUAAUCAUUAAUCGAAAAUGAUUAAUGAGUAAUGGUGAUUAAUCAUCCGUUAAUUCUUCAUUUUUGUCAGCAAAAAUGAAAGAGUCAAAGACUUAUUAUUAAUUUAUUAUUAUUAUUAUUAUUAUUAUUAUUAUUAUUAACAUUAAUACGAUUAAUUAGGUUAAUUAAUUAAUAACCGUUAAUUUGAUUAAUUGAUUAAUAAUUAAUGGUUGAAAAAGAAAUUUUCGUUAAUUUAUGACGCGCCUUUAUUUGGGAAAGUAAACGGCAUUCUACACUUUUUUUCAUUUUUUUUUUUUAUUAACAAAGAUGUAGAUAAUUAA